AUGUCAUUUGCAGGUUCAGGAUACCGAAGGAGAUCGUCACCGACAAUGGAUCCCAAUUCAUCAGCUCAGGCUUUAGAGAUUUCUGUGACAUGUGGGGGGAUAAAGUUGAGUUUCUCAACCCCCCGAAACCCCCAGUCUAACGACCAGGCCGAGUCGUCAAACAAGACCAUCAUUCAGACACUGAAGAAGCGAUUACAGAAAGCUAAGGGCGCAUGGGCGGAUGAGCUACCCGAAGUCCUCUGGUCAUACCGAACCACGGCUCGCUCGUCAAUGGGUGAGACCCUAUUCUCCCUCACAUACGGUUCGGAAGCAAUAAUCCCGGUCGAUGUGUCAGUCCCGUCCACUAGGCUCCAAUGGGAAGACGAAGAAUCAAACGACCAGAACCUUUGCCAGAACCUGGACACCAUCGACGAGCUACGCGAACGGGCAAGCAUCCGUAACACAGUCUAUCAGCAACAGGCCGCCUGA